AUGAUUAGGACUGUUCUGAGCAAUAGUGUGAAGAGGAGUUUGGUGCGUCAUAGCUCCUCUUCAACAUCUGCUAUGACAUACAAGCAGUUACACAAGCAUACAGCUAGACCACCUUUGCCAGUGGUGGACACUCCGGCUUGGGAUGCUAAUAGUGCUGUGUCUUCGAUUUUAUAUGAGACACCAGCUCCAUCCCGUCAACCUAGAAAGCAGCAUGUGCUGAACUGUCUGGUCCAGAAUGAGCCUGGUGUGUUAUCUAGGAUUUCUGGUACUUUGGCCGCAAGGGGCUUCAACAUUGACUCUUUGGUUGUGUGCAACACCGAGGUCAAGGAUCUGAGUAGAAUGACUAUCGUGCUGAAGGGUCAAGAUGGAGUUAUCGAACAAGCUAGAAGACAAAUCGAGGACUUGAUUCCAGUUUACGCUGUUCUUGAUUACUCAAACUCCGAGAUCAUCAAGAGAGAGUUGGUUAUGGCCAGAGUCUCUCUAUUGGGUUCUGAGUACUUUGAAGAUCUAUUAGUCCACCACCACAAAUCUACAGCCAACCUAGAGGACUCUCACGAAAUUGUCUCUGAGAUCAGAGAGAAGAAAUUCCAUCCAUCCAACUUACAAGCAAGUGAAGUCUUGAGAUUGAAGCACGAACAUUUGAACGACAUCACCAACUUGGCCAAGAACUUCGGGGGUAAGAUUGUCGAUAUCGGUGAAACUAGCUGUAUUGUUGAACUUUCUGCCAAGCCAUCUAGGAUUUCCGCUUUCUUGAAGCUAGUUGAACCAUUUGGUGUGCUGGAAUGCGCCAGAAGUGGUAUGAUGGCUUUACCAAGAACUCCUCUGCAAACUGAAGUCGAUGAAGAAGAUAUCGACGGCAAAAUCAGUGACAUCGUUGAUAUCAGUCAACUACCACCUGGUUAA